AUGACCCACUAUGACUGCAUAAUGGAACAGGAAGCAAUGGGACGUGGCAACUGCAGACGUCACAUUAUGGGUGAGGCUAUGCCUGGCAAAGAUGAGCACAAAUGUCGAGGAGUGAAGGCUUAUCGUGCUUGUCUUGCUCCUCAGCUGAAGAAACAUUGUCAUCCUGGAGCACUCAACGAAUUUGAUUCUAGUGUGCGACAGUUUGGCUGCUUGCGAUAUGGUCUUUCAGAUAUCUAA